AUGGCUCCCUCGUUGAGAGACCAUGCGUCGUUCGUUCGCCCUGCCACCAGGGACCGUCCCAUGACGCGGGACCAGGGAGACAACUCCCUUGUCAUCCCCAGCCGAACUUCCUCGCUUCAUUCUCGAAUCACUCAGCCCAUUCCUUCGACGUUGAAUAUGAAACCAGCUCAACAAACUCCUAAAACUCUCACCCAUGCCUACAUGGUCUGUGGCGUUGGCCGCGAGCCUUCACAAUGGGUGAAGGCUCCCCCUCCCGCUCAGGGAAAGAUUGGACAUAUGAAAGGCGCAGUUGGUCAGUUCUGGCUACCUGAGAUUUUGGGAAGCAGUCCCAGACUAGAGCAGGAUAACGAGAUUGCGAGAGCGUUGCAUUCGGCUAUGAGGGCUUGUUUCCCUCACGAUGUUGAAAUCUGCACUGGCAAAAGCCAACCUCAUUGUGUACAUCAUUCUUUCGUUCUCCAGCAAGAUUCUUCUCACACUCUUUACGGUAUUGCGCUGCGUGUAUGGUCUCGAGCAGAUGAAAAACGUGCGGAGACCAUUCGCGAGCUACGUAAGAAAACGGAGUCGGAUUUCUAUGACACCCCAGAUGAAACAUACUGGAUUCCAUACUGCCUCAGUUUCUUAUCUAGAUAUCCCCUCUACGACUUACUGGGCGAUUACCUCCGUGGCAUGUGGAUCCACUGGAACAAGGCUACCAAUCUCUUCCACGCAGAAGAAGUAUCCCGCAUUCUCAGCUUCCCAGCACCACGACUCAAUGACUUGGUUCGGAUUGACAUGAAGGAUUAUGCAUUGUGCUACCAAUUUCCUUCCUCGCAAACUGGGUACCAAAAUUUUUCUAUGUGGCCUUUAUUCAAUUGUUUGUCUAUUCCAAACAUCGUUGGUGUUAUCGAAGCCGCUGUCUCGCCCACUCGCCGUAUAAUCUUCGUCAGUCAUUACCCAGCCAUGCUCACAGUAGCCGCCGAAACGAUUCGAUUCUGCGUCCGCGUCUACGAAUGGAGUGGCCUCUACUGCCCAGUUGUCCAUGCCCGCCACGCAAAGGAGCUCGUCCAAGAGCCGGGUCCAUACAUACUUGGUGUUACUGCGGAAUGCAAAACCCUGUUUACAGCUCCAUCUGAUGCACUCGUGGUCGAUUUGGAUCGCAACUUUGUAUUGACUUCUAGCCCUCCAAGCAUUUUGACCGCAGGGCAGAGAACCAAAAUGAUCAACCGAUUGACUCAGUCCCUCAAUGGGGACGUCACCCAAUCCGGUGUUCCUCAGCACCUCCGAUCAGCCUACGGCGGGGGUAAAUUGAUUCCAGCUGGUCAGAUCAUUGUUAUGCGAGGUGAGGUUGAGAGCGUUCAGGAUCCAGAUUGGUGGAAUCAGGAUGGUGUCAUGGCAGUAAUGGACCACGUCUGCGAAAAAUUGGGCCGGAACACCGGAGUAAAAGCACUCUUUGGAGGAUCUGUAAAAAAGCCACCGAUGACUGAAGUGUCGAUGAGACACUGA